AUGGCCACUCUAUCGAAUGCGACUGAUCAAGAGCAAAAGGAGAAAUGGGAUCCAGAAUCAUCUCUACACCAAGACGAGCAAGAACGAAACAUUAUCAAAGCCUGGAUCCACCUCGGUGAGCGUGGCCGUUCGCUUUACCGCGAGCGAUGCGACGAUGUAUCACUUCCUCAACACGUCCCUUCAAACCUGUCGGUCUUCGAGAAGCGCCGCAAAGUGACGGAUUCAGGCAAAUGGGAUCGUGCUGCUGGUGCUAUAUGGAUCCGGACAUGGUAUGGCAAUGAAGCAUUUAAUGGGCAGAACCUGGGUGAAGAGAUUGUUACACGCGCAAGUGCCGACGAGGCAUAUUCCCGACUAUGGCAGAAAGUAACGUGCUGUCCGGAACACAACUACAACUUCGACGAAAACUUGUUUGGGCUUUUUGUAUUCGACGACAACAAUGCCGCAUACGGAGUGGCGGCACGGGACGCCGAUGACGAGGUCGGGCUGAUGGAUGAUAUACCACCGUUCAUCUUAAGCGCUCUAGUCCGAUGCCCCGACGCGAUGGAAGGAAGCAAUGUGACUCAGAUGAUAGGUGAGGAGUACGAAAAUACCCAUCAAACGUUGCUUGUAGCGGUUGCAGACCGCGAGGCCUGCGAAGAGGGAUGGGUAUUGCUGAUUGCACUCAACCACAAGGGCCAAGCGUUGCACCGCCGUGUCAGAUGCAAAGCUGCCAAUGUCUCACUGCAGGUGUACUCUUUCAGGAUGGGAGGCGACCCGUUGGAUAUCACGGAAAGCGAGGAGAACGUAGUCGACUACAUGGAUGCCAGUAGAUCAGGCGAUGGAUGGGAUGAAGAUUGA